AUGGAAAUUGAAAAAUGGAAAACUCAAUGCAGAUACCUUUAGAACGAAUUAGAUUCAAUGAAAUAGCAACUAUCAGAUGCCAAAGAUUUAAUAAGAUUAAAUAAGGAAUAAUUGAAAAUCUGUUAUAAUCCAUAAUCAUUUGAUUAGAGUAGCGAAUGUAAGGCUGCAUUGGUGUUGCUAAAAUUCGUCUAAGAAGAAAAUGAAGUAUUAAUGAAAAAGGUCGAUCAAUUGAGCGAUGAAAGAAACCUAGCAUUCGAUAAAGUAAAACCAGUAUUUAAUGCGCCUCUAGGCCUUUAUUUCUGACCAAAUCAACGAGUCAAACCAAAGAAUGGAAUCAUCGUUGAUUACUAGUCUCAAUAAAACAAUUACUGAAUUAAAGAAGAAAUUAAAUGAAUAGGUCCAGAUGUCAAAUGAAAUGAUGGGAACAAUCUAUCUAGAAAAACAUGUAUUUUCAAAAAUUAUCCACCUUAGUUGACCCAACCCGAUUAGUUGACUUUAAAUUUUAAUAAUGUCAUUUAAUAAAUGAAUUCAAUGCUAUUAAAAUAGAAAUUACAAAUCGAAGAGUUAGUGGAAUAAAAAAACGAUUUAGCAUAACUUAAUUUUAGUUUAUCCAACGAAAUUUUGAAAAUUAGAACUCAAAGAUUCACUCCCAGGAAUUAAACAAAGACGUUCUGUAUUUAUUGAUAAUAACUUAAAUAUAGUUAGCCAGCAUGAGGAUCCAUCGAAAUUCAUUAAUAAUUUAGUAUAAUGUAAGAAUUCAUCCCAAUUAUUUAGUAUAAAAGAGAUUAUUUUUUGAUGAUGAUUCACAAGAUGAAAAAAUGCACAUGCAAUAAUCCGCUGUCUUUUCACCUCUUUUCUCCCCAUCAUUACCGCAAAAAGUAAAACGAUAGUAAAAGUAACAAAUACCAAAGGACUUCAAGUAAGAACCAGAAAAACACAUACCAAAACUUGACUUAACUAAAGCUUAGCAAAUCUAAUAAUUCAAUAUCAAAAGGAUGUAGUUAUUAGCUAAUAAAUUGGCAAAUGAAGGCGUUGAAUAGAAAAUUUUUAUGUAAUUAUACUAGUCUAUUGUCUAGGCUGUAAGAUGAAUUGCUGAGAACUAAAAAUAAGUAUCACGCAUAAUUAGUCUUGAAUUAACAGUUGGAUUUACAAUUGACAGAGUUGAACCUCUAAAUUAUGGAAUUUUAAAAUGUAAAUGAAACAUUGAUCAAAUCUAAUCAGAUGUACGAGGAAAAAUGGUCAAACAUCUUCCAAUAGUUCUCUUUUUAUAAGGAGUUCUAUCUGAAACACAAAGACUAAAUUUAGCAUAACUUAUAAUCAUAUGCUACUUCAGAUGAUCAACAGUAGUUCAGUGUGUUUGAGUUUGAAAAAGCAUUGAACUCCUCUAAGAUUUACAAAAAGAAUACUGCUCAAAAGAAUCCCCUUAACAAUAAUCCUGCUCUUAGUAUCAUUAACUAUUAGGAUGAUACUAUUCAAUAAUCAUCUUAUAGGCUUCCGACUGACAGGUAAGAAGAAGCAAAUAAAUUCUUAACUUAGUAGUAUAAAUGUUGUUUAAUGAUGAUGGCAAAAGAAGUCAUCUCUUUGGAUUGCCAACAUGUUAAGCCUGUUUAGACUGAUCACACUAAAGUGAAAAUAAAAAGAAGCUACAGCAACACUAUUGAGUAUUUUCCUGUCUUCUGAUACCCCAUAAGUUUAUGUGUCUUAUCAUAGUUCUACCC